GGUGCAUAUUAUUCUGAAAUGUGAUUGUGAAUUGUGAAUGUAAAUUAUGAAAUUACCAUGGGAAAUACUCAAAUUAGUUAAUAGAUAUCUACUUCUAUAAUAACGAAUUUUAAUUUGUAUAUAUCAUUGAAUUAUAGAAUACGUACAGAAUCAUGAGUGGCACAUAUACACCAGGCACUGUUCCAACAGCACCAUAUGGGUGGAAUCAGCAGAUAAGUGUUUCACCAGCAAGUCCUUACACCCCACAACCUGAAUUUGUGAAGGCACCAUAUGAACUUAUUACCACUGUUGUUCCUGUUGGCCCCCAUAGUACCCGAAUGGUCUGCUCCUUUUGCCGAAAAGAGAUAACUACAAAAAUACAUAAAAAACCGAUUACAAAGGCUUAUAUAUCCAGUUUAUUGUGUUGUGUGUUUGGAUGUUUUUGGGGUCCUUGCUUAAUACCGUUUUGUAUGGAUCAAUGCUUAAAUGUUGAACAUAAAUGCCCUAAAUGUGAAGUUUAUUUAGGGCAGUAUAUAAGAUAAGUUGUGUAUGUUUUUAACUAAAACCUUAAUGUUCAAAUUAACUGUUACUUACAAAACUUAGUAUACUAAUGCUUACUCAAUGAGGCAGCUUGUUUGACGUAUUCAAAAGACAUUAUGUAUACUUACUAACAAUUAUUGUCUUCGGUGACUUGUAAUUAUGUGCCUUAUAGUAUUAUUGGAAAUAUAAAAUCUCUAAAACUACUUAUAAAUUAAAAUAUUUUUUUAAUAUCCCAUUAGAAUUUAGUUACCUCAUAUCAAUAUUAAUUAUAAAAGUUUUAAUGUUAUCUGUUUAUAUUUUUAUUAUUUUAUAUUAUUAUACAAUGUGUUGUUUGUUUUUAUUAUAAUUAUUAUUGUUAUGACUAAUAAAAAAAUUUUCAAAGAC